AACAAGAGGUCACUACACUUGGAAACGUGGAGGAGAGAGCGCACAGCGGUGACAGCCUGCAGCAGCCCCAGCCAGGCCUCCAGUCGCGCGCGCACACACACACGCACACACACACAGACGUUACAGAAGGACAACCGGCUCUGCGAUGCCGCUGAACAACGGCAACACCGUGGCCGUGGAGAGACGCGUGGACCUGGCCUCGCUCUUCUGCAUGAUCGGGCGCCACGGUCCCGCCGUGGCUCUGGCUCUUGUAGCCAUGGCGUCGUUGCUGGCGGGUUUCAUCAUCUACCGGACCGUGAGGGGGAAGCGGAGGAAGGCCACAGCCGCCGACGAUGACAGCAAGAGCCCCGCAGAGGAGAGUGACGCAUCGGUGAUCCAGCCGAGCUCCGUGGAGUCAACAGAGGGGAGUGAUGAAGGCUCAUCAGAUGUGAAGGAUGUUGAUCUGAAAAUCAGGCACCGCCGUGCUGCUGAGAAGACCCCUCCGCCUUAUUCCCCUCCUAAGAGUGACAUCCACAUACCAGACGACAAGCACACUACUUCAGAUGACACAGACAAAGUGGCAGUUGAGUGGGACUCUUACAAAGUAGCAGAGACGUAUGCAGACGGGGCCAAUUGGAGCCGGCAAAGUGCUACUAGCACUGAGGCUGAAAUGGUGCUGGAGGAUGCGGUUGAUUGCCAUCAGGGUGAAACUGAUGACGCGAUCAAGGACGUGUUGGAAGAGGUCCGUGAUAAGGACAGCUGCUGGAAGGAGCCUGAGCCGAAUAAUGAUGAGAACCACGAGGAAAAGGUGUUGAAAGCAGACUGCCAGGAAGAUGAGGAUGUGACCACAGACAUGGACCAUUCUGACAAGACAACCAGACAAGAGGAGGAAAACGUUCAGCGUGCUUUGACCAAUCUGGCGUUUUUCGAAAAAAAUCCUCAUAUGAGUGAAAACAGUGAUGACGACCGACCACUAGAGGAAACCAUAAACGGUGUGGAGUCCAACUCGGAGGAGCCCCUCAUUCAUAUUGAAGAUGUAGAUGUCCCUUGCGUCUGUUAUGGCAAAGAUGAGGAAGAGAGUCCAGAUCGUAUUGAUGAUUUUAGUUAUCUCGGCAAUACUCUCCUCUCUCCAGAGGAGGAAAAGAAAAAUGGGAGUGAGGAGGCAGAAGAGGAGUGUGUAGACCAGCAGCUAAUUGAUCAACAAGCUGAGAUCUGGUCCUCAACAUCUAGACAAGAAACAAACUGGCAGGAGCAGUGUGAUCAGGAGAUGGACAAGGUGACGCCACCAAUGCGGGAUAGUGAUUGGGAUGAAGAUGACUGUCUGGCUGGUGAAACGAUUAAAGAAGAUGAAGACCACUUGAACAUACUCGCAGCGGUCAAAUGUGAUGCCCGUUCGCCACAGUUUGACGAGCAAGAUGUGGAGUUUGAACAAAAGGAGGAAAAUGGCCUCGCGUGUGAUCAAGAGGACGGCGUUCUUUACGAUGAUCAAGUAAAAGAGAAAAUGCUGACUGGUGACAACACUGUUGCCUGUAGUGAAGAACCUGACAGUUCAAGCAUGGCACCCAGCCCUGCUCUGCCCUGUUUGAGUGUGCCCAUAAAGGCUAUUAAUCCUGAUGACGGUCUGUCAGGUAUCACCACUGACGCAAAAGCUCAAAUCUCAGGCAUUGCAGAAUUCCCCGACUUGUCAUCAGAUCGUCGACACCCACAGAAAGAAGAUAAAAUAGCUCCAGCUCCGGAUGAAGACACCAAUUCUAGUACUAUUCUUGGACUUCAAAUGCCAUCACAUGAAACAGAAAAUCAGGCUGAAAAUAAUGUAAAUGGCACAGCUUUAGUGUUGGCUGAAGAACAAAAUAACCAAGUGCAUGACCCUCCUGUUAAAUCUUGCUGCGAAGACGAACAAAGUGUCCAAACCAUAAGAAAUGAAAUGUGUGACGAGGCAAGUGUCGCUGCUGCUCCUGAAAUAAUUGCUUGCGAUGGUGAAAAACUUACCGUCCAUGUAAUGGCUGACGUUUUUGAUAAGGCGAGUGUUGCCGAUUCUGGUACAGUUGACGAAGUUAGCGAAACUGCUUCUGUAAUCGCUGAAGAAAUAUCUUGUCCUCACCUGCCAUCCACUAGCCAAGACCAACAAAGUGGCCGCAUGGAAAUUAAUGAAACUUUUGAAAAGAUGAGGGUCGAUUCCACUACUGGAGCAGCUGCUUGCGAUAAUGCUAGCUGCGCUGCACUUUCAAUGUCUGUAGAAAUAUCCCAUCCUGACAUGUCGUCUUCCUCCCAAGACCAAGAAAGUGACCAAACCAAAGAUUUUUUUGAAGUUGGCACUCCCAUCAUGAUUGAGGACAUCAAUCCUCCCAUGUGUCAAAUUCCCCUUCCGUCUUUCGAGCAAUUUGACCUUAGGAAUGACACAUCAUCUGCUGGUGUUGGUGAAGAGAGUGGGAUUUCAAGCAUGACCGUCAGCCCUGAUAAUGAGUUUGACGUGAGUUUUGAGAAUACGGUGCUUCCGGUGAUGGAUUGGGAUCCACGCAAAAGUCAAAACCUCUUUGCUAACGAUGCUGCCGUAUCCGUCGUUAAAGAGGAUACAGCAGGUAUGGUGUGCGGGCUUUACCCAUCACGUCACUCCCAGCCACCCCACAGCGAGCGCACAGGUGGGACUAAUUAUGAAUCAUUUGCAGCCAACGAGGACAUGUUGGGUCAUGAGGUUGAGGAUAGUUACCACCGAGGGACGGAUCAGUUCAUGGCGCAGGUUGCAGACAGUGUUACCAGCUUCACCGAUGACCUGGAAAAGCACACAGAUGUGAAAGUUGUUGUAGAGGUUAAAGAGGAGGGAGCAGGAGUAAGUGCUAACAAGAAGGAGGAAAACAAAGCAGAGAAGGAGAUAGAAGUGGACAAUGAAAUGACUGAAAUCAGUAUCAUGGAGGCAACUAUGGAGCAUAAUGAAUGGAUCAUGGAUGGAACCUACCAAGCCCUUCCCUGGAUGAAUCUUUCUGCCCCAUCUUUUGCCCAAGACGGUACAAAAACCAACCAGCUUCCCACUGAAGAGUACCAAUGCAGCUCUGAUGUAACCGACUCCACUCGUAUAGAUACGACGGACAUCCCACCUUCUGCUGAAGUCAAACAAACCAGCGCUCUCUCCCUUGUCGACGAAAACACGGAAAAUAACAAAAAGAUUGGGGCGGUUCAGCCCAUGCCCCAGCAUGUCAACGUGACCUUUCGCAUCCAUUAUUUCACCCAAUCGCCAUACCAGACGGUGGCUGUCACGGGGAACCAGCAGGAGCUGGGCAACUGGAAGGGAUUCAUCCCGCUAGAGAGAGCCAAGGACGGGCACUGGUCCACGGUGGUCAGCUUGCCCGCAGAGAUCCACGUGGAGUGGAAGUUUGUGGUGGUGGACAAGGGGGAGGUGUGUCGCUGGGAGGAAUGUGGCAACCGCCUCCUUGAUACGGGCAACGGAGACGACCUGCUGGUGCACAAAUGGUGGGGACGCUUGUAAGAGGUGAGGUGCGAGCAAGCUUGCGAGUACCGUGUACAGUAAGCUUUGGUACUGGAUACUGAACCAGAUAGAAACCAAGACCCACAGUAGAUCACGACACCAUUUAUUAGGGGUGUGAAGCUUCACUGGUCGCACGAUUCGAUUAUCCUAUCAAUGAUUCGUAGCGAUUCAAUAUCACGAUGCGUCGCCACCUCCAAUAUUAUUAUAUAUUGCCACACAUGGUGUUCAUCAACAAAUUCAAGCAGUCAGGUAUAUAUUAACUCCCCUUUUUAUUGUAUCUGCUUCUAAAAAAAAAACAACAGACAAAAACAAAAAAAGCAGCUACCAGAAAAAUCAACAAGCAACAUCAGUCAAAAAUCAAUUUAUGGUCUGUCACAGCAUCGAUGCAGAAUCGUCCAUAUCCGCAUCGAUGCAAUGAUUAAUUUCAACACCCCUAUCAUUUAUACUGUAUCAUAUCAUGAAUACGUCUUAGUAAGCAUUGGUUUGGUCAAUUUUGGGUUCAUCAAUUUGUAUACAGUCUAGGUUUAAUAAACUGGGAUACUUUUUUUUUUUUUUUUUUUUAAUAGAUAGGUUACUUAUAACCAUUGUGAGGGUUUUACAGCCCAGACGCCUAAAUGUAUUCUGACCUGCCAAUACCUAACACCAUGAUCACUGGGAUAAAUAAAUAACUGGGUCACCUAAUGGGACAUGUCUCAGAAGACUGACCUAUAGCCAGUGAUUAAGUGGAUCUUUCAGGAAACUGAAAAGAUUGCCAUCAAAAGACAGAGGCAUUACAUAAAACGUCUGCCUUUUUUUUUCUGUGGCAGUAUCUAGGAUUAUGCAAACUGCACCUCUUUCAAAAUGUGACUUGAUGCAAGUGUUUAAUUUGUGUAAAUGGAGGCUUUCUUAUACUAUCCAUAAUGCUGCUUGAAUACUCCCCAACAAUCUACGAGAACACAUGCACAGUUACCUUUUUCUACAGCAAUAAUGAAAUAAAUACAUGUAUAGUGUAUAUUGUACGACUGGUGUUAGAUCAGGUAUUCUAAUGUGUUUACCACUAAACUGUGAUAUAGUUGUAACUUUGAUUCUUUUAUCUCGUGGGACUGUGUGCAUGCAUGAGUGUCCUAUUGUUGUUCUAUGAAUGUGCCUUCUAAACAUAAUUUUUCCAAUAAUGUGUUAUACAGCCUGGCUUUUCUUUUUAAAGCAGCUUUGCUGCCCACCAUUUAUUGUUUCACUACAACUUCACUGUACUUAAUUAUUUUCUUUAAAACAACGGUCACUUUUUUUCUGUCAAGUUUCAGUUACAAUCAGUCCAGACUAUAGUCUCUAUGCCUCAGAUCAUGUCAGAGUUUCUUGUUAUGCAAUACGGUAAUGAUGAUGCUUCUCUUGAAUGUCAUUAAAGGUGGAGUUGGUUGACAAAAUAAAGUCUGUCAUAUCUGGCAAUAAA